CUUUAACAGAGCUAGGGUUUGGGGCGUGCUUAUACAUCACUGAAAACGAAGAUCUCUCAAAAUGCCUAAGCAAAUCCAUGAGAUCAAGGAUUUCCUUCUUACUGCCAGAAGGAAAGAUGCACGCUCUGUGAAGAUCAAGAGGAGCAAAGAUGCUGUCAAGUUCAAGGUUCGCUGCUCGAAGUACCUCUACACCCUUUGUGUCUUUGACACUGAGAAGGCAGACAAGCUGAAGCAAUCUCUUCCUCCAGGUUUGAGUGUUCAAGACCUGUGAAAGAAGGUAGUCUGGUCCAAGCUUGUCAGUUGAUUUCUAGGAGAGAUAUGAACAAGAAUUUUCCUUUCUCAUGUUCCUUUUUUGAUGUUUAAAAUACUUCCUAAAGGAUUUUGGCUUGGUAUUCACUGUGAUGAAGUGUUUAUGGAUCUUUUGGUAGUUAAUGUCAUCCUGAAAUUUAUCUGAA